CAAGGAGUAACCGGCGAAAGGUCUUGAUCCUGUUGACAGACGGGAAGUCAUACGACCGAGUUCGAAAGCCAGCUGCAGUGUUACGCAAUAUGGGUGUGCAGGUUUUCGCCGUGGGUGUUGGCAAACGAAUAAGCAUGAAACAACUCAUUCAGAUUGCAAGCAAUCGACGGCAUAUUUUCACAGCGGACUUCAGAAACCUGGGUUCGUUCGUGAGAGCGAUUAAGCAAAAGGCUUGCAAAGGUAUUACCAAAAGACCAACAAAACCACACGCCAUGUCAGCUGUCGCUAUCUUCCCCUUCAGUAAAGCUUCCAGAGGAAGGGAACUUCGCAACAGGAGUCCGCCGGCACGUUACUCGAACGUCGUGUAUACCCCGGGUCCUGACGGUCUACCAUACGGUUCAUACUACUUCCGUGGACGACCAAGCAGCUACGUUGAGAUCCCUAACCGGGGGACACUGGAUGUGCGGAGCUGCGUGACAAUCUUAGCUUGGAUCUAUCACCAAGGACACGCUGGACCCAUCGUGAACUACAAACGCAACGGCUGGGGAGUCCACUUCUGGAUGGUCAACCCGAAGACACUGUUUGUGCGCUACACGCAGCGUAUUGGACGCCGUUUCACCCACGCUUUGGCGUACCGAGGCGUCAAACCGCAUACAUGGCAGUUCGUGGGAACAUCAUACAAUAAAAACACUGGUGUUGCCAAACUUUAUAUUAACGGCAAGAUGGUGGCGCGCCGCAAGAUUGGAAAGAUUUCAUUGGCUACAAAUUACGAGAUUAGAGUUGGAGCACGCCAGGGUGACCGUCGCUACUUCCGUGGACGAAUUGCCUGCUUGCAGUUUUACAGCGCUGCUUUGACCACCAACAUGAUCCGUCGACGAAUGAAGGCUUGCUUCAGAAGAGGUCCGAUGCCUGUUCCUAUUCCGAGGCCGGGACCUGGUGGAAGAGUUUGCAAAACACGACUCGACCUUGGUUUCAUCAUCGAUGGCUCAGGAAGCGUUGGUCUGUCCAACUUCAAACGCUGCCUUCAAUUCAUUAGGAACAUGGUUCGUACCUUUGUCAUCUCGCGUCGCUUCACGCGAGUCGGUGCCGUCCUUUAUAACACGAGAGCCUUCAAAGUAUUUGGUUUCAAUCGGUACGGUAACAAGAACCAAGUCCUGCGCGCAGUAAGGCGUAUAAGCUAUCCUAAAGGAGGCACCAUGACGGGACGGGCCAUCAAUUAUGCGUACCGCUAUCUCUUCCGUCGAAGUAGAAGACGAAAGGUGUGUAUUAUCAUGACAGACGGACGAUCGUACGACAGUGUGGUGGGUCCUGCACGAAGCAUGCGCAAGGCAGGAGUGGAAAUCAUUACGCUUGGCUUGGGAUUGCGGUACAAUAUAAGGCAGUUGAGGCAGAUGGCUUCCAAUCGUCGACUGGUGUUCACAGCACGAUUUAGAAAUCUGAAUUCUGUUGUCAGGGUUAUUAAAAGGAAAGCAUGUGGUGCGACAGGUGUUAAACCAAAGCCUCGCCCUAGUCCCAAGCCUCCACGUCCUGGUCAAGCUACAUACUUCUGGGAAGGCUGUUACAAUGACAAAAGAAGACGAGCCAUAAGGUACAGACUUGGAAACUUCCACAGACGAAAAGACCCAGUGAGCGCAUGCGCUGCAGCAGCCUUGAGACGUCGUUUCAAAGUAUUUGCAGUAGAGAAUGGUGGAGAAUGUUACUCUGGCCGCUCGGCUCAUCGAACAUACAACCGUUACGGACCCACCAAUCGUUGCAGGCGAGGCAGAGGAGGCCCGUGGGCAAUGGACGUGUACAAGUUUGGACAACCUCGUGGUUGGACCAAUGUUUACAUCCGAAGUAUCGGCUGCUUCAAAGACAAGCCUAGACGUGCUGCCGGUAGCAUGGUCGCCAACUUACGGGGAUUGAAGUUUGCCGUCCGAGAUUGCGCGCGACAGGCCCGAAAACGAGGCUACAGGCUAUUUGCGGUGCAAAAUGGUGGCGAGUGCUUUAUGGGUCCCAGAGCUAAAAUUACGUACAAGAAAUAUGGUCCUUCCAAGCGGUGCCGAGGAGGCAAAGGCGGUCCCUGGGCGAAUAAUGUCUAUAUUAUAGUUGUGAAAGGUCGAGUGAGACCCAAGCCAAAGCCUGUGAGGCCAGUUAGACCAGUUAGGCCUAGAGUGAAAACUCGAGCUGUGGCUAUUUUCCCGCUUAAUGGAGGCACAAAGGGAAAAGAUAUAAGUUCCAACAGAAACGUACGCGGAGUACUCAGUUACGUCCGCCCCGCGCCUGGACCAGACGGAACACGUGACGGCUCGUACCAGUUCUACGGAAGAAGCAACAGCUACAUUCUCUUCCCCAACCGAGGUGGCCUAGAUACCAAACGUUCUAUCACUCUCCUAGCGUGGAUCUUCCACCAAGGACGUGCAGGACCCAUCUUCAACUACAUGCCAAACGGCUGGGGCGUGCACUUUUGGAUGAUUACUCCGACAACGCUGUUUGUGCGGUUUACGCGUCGAAGAGGACGGCGUUUCACAACCGCGGUCGUAAGCAGGAGUAUCACACCUGGACGAUGGCAGUUUGUUGGUGCAAGUUACAAUGGACGAACAGGCCAAGCGAAGCUCUUUGUCAAUAGAAGAUUCACAGCGAGGAAAUACAUCGGGAGAAUACGGUUGGCGACUAACUACCCGGUGAGAAUGGGAGCUCGUAUCGGUGACGGGAGAUAUUUCCGAGGACGAAUCUCGUGUAUGCAGGUGUACAAUGGUGCUCUUUCCCUGCGACAAAUCAUAUCCAAGAAACGAAGAUGUUUUAGAAGAGUUCCAGUUAGACCAAGACCAAGACCCAGGCCUGCUGGCCGAGUUUGCACGAAGCGUCUUGACCUUGUGUUCCUGAUUGACGGAUCAGGAAGUAUCGAAGCAGCCGGUCGCGGUAACUUCCGACGUUGUAUUGAAUUUGUCAAGACCAUGGUGUCUUCAUUCAGUGUGUCACCACAGCGCACGCGUGUGGGUGUGGCAUUGUUCUCUUCCCGCACCUGGUUGAUACUGGACUUUCACCAAAGCAGAAGCAAGGCUACCGUGCUCCGGCGCAUUGAUAGCAUGAGAUACCCACGCGGAGGUACCAAGAUUGGAAGAGCCUUGAACUUCGUGCGACAUCGAUUGUUUAGACGAAGCAGGAGAGCGCUCAAGGCUCUAGUAGUCAUGACGGAUGGCAUCUCGCAAGACCGUGUGCGGAGACCUGCACUAGCUUUGAGAGGCCAGGGAGUGUGGGUAUUUACUUUGGGGAUCGGUCGGCGAUAUCGAAGACGCCAGCUUCAGCAAAUAGCUACAAAUGGACGAUUCGUGUUCACUGCAAACUUUAGAAGUCUGAAUAGGGUCGCUCGACGCAUCUCAAGCAAAAUAUGUCGAUUGAGACCCAAAAGAAGACCUGUGCGACCAGUUAGACCAUACAGGCCUAGAGUUAAAACUCGAGCUGUAGCCAUUUUCCCGCUGAAUGGACGCACGGCGGGUAGAGAUAUAAGUUCCAGUAGAAGCGCGCGCGGAAUACUUAGUUACGUCCGUGCCGCACCUGGGCCAGAUGGANGACGAUGGCAGUUUGUUGGUGCAAGUUACAACGGACGAACAGGCCAAGCGAAGCUCUUUGUCAAUAGAAGGUUUACAGCGAGGAAAUACAUCGGGAGAAUACAGUUGGCGACUAACUACCCGGUAAGAAUGGGUGCUCGUAUUGGUGACGGGAGAUAUUUCCGGGGACGAAUCUCGUGUGUGCAGGUGUACAAUGGUGCCCUUUCCCUGCGACAAAUCAUUUCCAAGAAACGAAGAUGCUUUAGGAGAGUUCCAGUUAGACCAAGACCAGGACCCAGGCCCACUGGCCGAGUGUGCAAUAGACGUCUCGACCUCGCGUUCUUAGUUGACGGAUCCGGGAGUAUCGAAACAGCCGGUCGUGGUAACUUCAAGCGUUGUAUUGAAUUUGUCAAGACCAUGGUGUCUUCAUUCAGUGUCUCACCACAGCGCACGCGUGUGGGCGUGGUAUUGUUCGCUUCCCGCGCGUGGCUGAUUCUAGACUUUUACCGAAGCAGGAACAAAGCAGGCGUGCUCAAUACCAUUGCUAGGAUGAGAUACCCACGCGGAGGUACCAGGAUUGGAAAAGCUUUAAAAUUUGUCCUACAUCGAUUGUUUAGAAGAAAUAGGAGAGUACUGAAGGCUCUAGUAGUCAUGACGGAUGGCAUCUCGCAAGACCGUGUGCGGAGACCUGCACUAGCUUUGAGAAGCCGCGGAGUGUGGGUGUAUGCUUUGGGGAUCGGUCGGCGAUAUCGAAGACGCCAACUGGAGCAAAUAGCUACAAAUGGACGAUACGUAUUCACUGCCAACUUUAGAAGUCUGAAUAGAGUCGCUCGACGCAUCUCGAGCAAAAUAUGCCGAAGUCACCCGCUCCGUCCCAGGCCAUUCCGUCCAGGAGCUCACAUAAGACCAAGUGGCAAAGUGUGCCGCAAACGUCUCGACUUGGCCUUGUUGAUCGACGGCUCUGGCAGUAUCAAUGCUUACGGCCGAGGGAACUUCGGGCGCUGUCUCGACUUCGUCAAACGAUUGGUGGCUUCAUUCAGUAUCUCCCCCACACAGACUCGUGUUGGUAUCGUUCUGUUUUCAACUCGCGCAUGGCUCAUCGCUAACUUCAGGGGACACAGAAACAAGCAAAGCUUGUUACGUGCGAUUAGUCGCAUUAGAUAUCCCAGAGGUGGCACGAAAAUUGGACGAGCGCUGAGAUUUGCCAGAUAUCGGUUGUUUAGAAGAAGGACUAAUCGGCGUAAGGUACUGCUUGUCAUGACUGAUGGUAUUUCACAAGACUCGGUCCUGAAAUCGUCACGUGCUCUCCGAAAUGCGGGCGUGCGUAUUUUGGCGCUCGGAAUCGGCAGAAAAUUCAGACGAGCUCAACUUAACCAGAUCACGGCAAACCCAAGAUACGUGUUCAACAGUGGCUUCCGAAACCUUCACCGUGUAGUGAGGUCAAUCAAACGGACGGUGUGCAAAGGUCGCCCGAUACGUCCCAGACCAAUACGGCCAAGACUUCCAGUGCGACCUAGUGGCAAAGUCUGCCGCAAACGUCUCGAUUUGGCCUUCUUGAUUGACGGCUCUGGCAGUAUCAAUGCUUACGGCCGAGGGAACUUCCGGCGCUGUCUCAACUUCGUCAAACGAUUGGUGGCUUCGUUCAGUAUCUCCCCCACACAAACUCGUGUUGGUAUCGUUCUAUUUUCAACUCGUGCAUGGCUCAUCGCUAACUUCAGGAGAUACAGAAACAAGCAAAGCUUGUUACGUGCUAUUAGUCGCAUUAGAUAUCCCCGAGGUGGUACGAAAAUUGGACGAGCGAUGAGAUUUGUCAAAUAUCAGUUGUUUACAAGGAGAACCAAUCGGCGAAAGGUACUGCUCGUCAUGACAGAUGGUAUUUCACAAGACUCGCUCGGGAGAUCCUCACGUGACCUCCGAAAUGCGGGCGUGCGUAUUUUGGCGCUUGGAAUCGGCAGAAAAUUCAGACUAGCUCAGCUUAACCAAAUGGCAGCAAACCCAAGAUACGUGUUCAAGGCCGGCUUUAGAGGCCUUCAUCGUGUGGUGAGGUCAAUCAAAAGAACGGCUUGUGGAGGUAUCUAUCUUAAAUUAAACAAUGAAAACAGAGAUAAAGUACUUACAAGAGAAGAUGAAGGGUAGCAGAAGUAAUCCCCCAUGUAGACCUUAUUCUUAAGGUGAUCCCGCUCAAGUUAUUUUUAGAUAUGGCAUCCAGUCCUCACGCGGAUAAUGUGACUGCGCGGGUUGCGUGGAUGUUUUCUUGUAGGAUAAAAAUGUGUAUGAAGCUGCUUGGGCUAGCCACGUAGAUAAAAUUCGUGUCAGAGGAUUGGCUAUUUCUAGACCCUCCUGGAAUUUAUAAAGCCGCAGAUGAUGUAAAAACAAUUUGAGCGGUAAGCAAGGCGACGAAGGAUG